CACAAGUCGUGUAAACAGCAAGAGAAUUGCCUUGUUUUUUUCUCCGCGUCCACCCCCCAGCUGCGGAUGGGGCUGCGUUUGGUUUGUGCUGAAUAAAUAAAUUGUGAAGGAGAGCCAGAAUAUAAGCAAAAGGCGAAAAGGUGCAGGCAGCAACAAAAGAAGCGCACAAGAGUACGUGAGUGCUAGUGCGUCUCGUUGCGUACCUGUGUGAGUGGAGUGCGUGAGUGUGAGUGUAUAAGUGCCUUCAAAAUUGCUCAAUGGCCCACAAAACAGCAACGGAACGGCACUGACCAGAUAAAUAGCAUAAAAAAGAAAACAGUUUUCCUUUAGGGCACGUGAAAAUUGUGUGUGAGACUCCUCUGCGGAGAAAGUGCAGCAGCAGGCAGCAGCGGAUACAAAGUGAAAAGCAAACGCAAAGAAAUAUUUUUUGCUCAUUUUUCGAGCUUAUUUUUGUGAAAGUCAAGUCUGUGCGGUGGCAAGCACCUGGAGAGGCAGAGGCAGCUCUCUUUCUCUUUGCCACAUCUUUCUCUUGCGCGCAACAACAGCAAAAGUAAAAAGAGAGUUACAGUGAAGAACUUUGGCAGUUGAUUGAAUUUCCUGGCAGAUUGAAUUAUGGCCUUGAUCAAGAUGUCGCUGCCAUUGCCGGGCACGGCUAAGGACCUGUGCAGGAUCACCAUUUUGCUGUCGAGCCACGUUACAGUUAGCAGUUCCGCUCUGAGCCAGAAUGAGGCCACCAAUGCCGCCAAUGUCUGCGUCGACGGGAUUGCAGCCGAAUGAAGUGCAGUACCAAGUGCAGGCGCCUCAUCACCAGGUCCACGUCCACGCCCAUGCCACGCCACAGCAGCAGCAUCAGCAUCAGCAUCAGACGCAGACACAGCUGCAGCAGCAGCAGCAGAAGCAGCAGCAAAGAAUACACCAGAAUCCGAUAGAACUAGACGCCGACAGGAGUCUGCCACAGCAGAGGCACGCGACGCACAACUCAAAGCUGCUGCCGCCCCUGGAGCUUUUGGUAGAGAACAAGAUCAGCUACAGCGGCUCGGCCGUCACAUAUCACCACUCACCAGAUCUCAGAUCGCAUUCCCACGCCCAUUCCCGAGCAGCCAACAAACGCAAUUCCCUCAGCGCUCCAUCGUCCAGCGAGGAGUGUUGUGUGAGUGCUGCGAGGGAGAGCAUAUUUGAUGACGCCGCCGAGAACUUUGUGAUCAACUUUCCGGCGGAAUCAGCGGCCUCGUCGCAGCAGCAGCACCAGCCACUGUUGCCCCUGUCCGAGACGGUGCCCCUGUUGACACACAUCGAGGCCACUGUGGUGGACAAGCAGCGGUCCAUUCGGCUCAGCAAGAACAGCGCCUCGCUGAUCUUUACAAAGAAAGAGCUGGGUCAGGGCCACAGCCAGAGACGACAGCACCACAGCAGCCUCUACGGCGCUGGCGGGGAACGAACGACACGCAAGACGACAAAGCAUUUGCCGCCCACGCGCGGACAGCACCAGAGACGCAGUCUACCGCUUAGCUACAGCCACACGAACGCCAGCAAUCUGGUGACCACCGCCGGCACAAAUUACGCUCCCAACGGGGCAGGAACAGGUGCUGGUGCUGGUGCAGGUGCAGGAGGCAAGCUUGUGCCGCACAAGCAUCAUCAGCAUCACGGCCUGGGCCUCAACUCACCCACGGCUAACUCUGGUGUGGGUGCUGCUGUAGGCGGCGGUGGAGGAGGAGGCGCCGCACCGCCCACGGCCCACACGGCCCGCAAGCAGCUAUCCUACUCCUGGUACGCGCCCGUGUACAGUGCCCUCGAGGAGGAGCUUGAACAGGACUCGAGGGAUUCGUCGCCAAUUCACAAUCUGGCAAACACAAAGCAGCACCAACGCUCCGCCAGCCAAAAGGCCACCUCCGCCUCCGCUUCCGCUUCUGUCUCCGCCUCCAACGCUCUGCAUGCCACGUCCCAUCUCGAGGAGAACGCCCACGAGGCCGAGACGGUUGCUCUGCUGGAGACGCAGACACGCAACAAGAUCAUCAUUUCGUCGGCGAAUGGCGACGCUGGCGGAGCAAGCAGCCUCAGCGGAGGAGGAGGCGGCGGAGGCGGCGGAUCUGCAGGAGCCCUGGCUGGGGCUGGAGGAGCUGCCUAUGACCUGGAGAGCUCGCUGGGACUGUCCGGGGGCGGACAGCUGCCGCGGCGGCGUCGCUUCGAGAACUUUCUCAAGUCUCUCGUGGGACUCAAGGCCAGCAGCAGUCGAGAGCGGGAGCGGGAGCGGGAAAAGGAUCGGGAGACUGGCCUGCAGCGUCCAGCCUCGCCAGAGAUACGCAUCACACGCACACCCUCGGAGCAGGACGUGGUCCUCAGGGAUCCAGCCGGCCGCCAGCAGUUAGCCAAUGGCCAUCCCAGGGGCAGCAUCAGCAUCAGCGGCUCGAGCAGCUCCCUGAAUGUUGUCCAGCACAAGCUGUGGCACAUCAUGCGGCGCGAGGGCAGCGCCAGCAGCCUCCACCAGGAGAAGUCCCAGUCCAUUGUCCAGUACACGGGACUGCGCAAAUGCGAGACGGUGCUGGCCCUCACACGGCAGGGCCAGAGCCACAGUCAGCACGGUCUAAGCCUGUCCCAGAGCCGAAGCCAGGGCCACUCGAUGGCCGGUCAUGGCAGUGGGAUCUUCAGCAGCGCCGGCAUCGAGCAGAUACGACCGCUCAAUCGGCUGCGGAACAGCGUGAACAGCAUCAACGGCCAUGGCGGUGUUGGGGGCGUUGGCACCUGCUCGCGCUGCUCCAGUCUGCUUUCCCUGGCUGCAUCCGGAUCGCGCUACUCACUGGCCAAUGGAUUUGUGGCUCGCCCGGACUCGGCAGCCGGCGGAGAUGAGGAGCAGCCGCACAUCAACGUAAAUGCCCAGAUCCGACUCAGCGGCGGAGCAGUGUCAGCACCAUCCAGUAGCCCCAGUCCACCGUCCAAUGUGACCACGGCCACGCUCCAUUCCAGCUCCAACAAUAAACUGUUCCAUGCCAUGGAAGGGGAGCAGCACCAGCAGCACCAGCAGCAUCAACAGCAGGAGGAACAACAGCAGGAACAGCCAACACCGACUGGCGGGGAACUCGGUCCAUUUGGCACCCAUCACGCCUAUCCUUUGACCGUCAGCUCCCUGCUGUCGAUGGCCAGUGCCAAUCAGGCGGCCCAGGCCUGUUGCGUGCGGGACGGCAUCACCCUGCAACGCCGCGAGAUGCUCGCCUCCGCGGAUGUCACACCCUCGGCCACGCCCACCAGCAAUUUCCAGCCCUUCACCUGCAAGCUGUGUCUGAUCGACGUAGAGGAUGCGGCCGAGGCCAUGUCCCUGCUGCAGUGUGACUGUCAGUUCUGCAUCGAGUGCAUGCGCGCCUAUGUGGAGUUCGAGAUAUCCGAGGGCGCCUAUGAAAUCUCCUGUCCGGACGCCAAGUGCCCGGCACAGGGCGCCCUCUCCCUUCCCGAAAUUGCGAAUCUAACCACAACGAAUCUAUUGAAGAAGCAUCAUCGCUAUCGUCUGAAUCGAGAAAUCGAAUUGGACAAGACACGCACCUGGUGCCCCCGUGCUGGCUGCGAGACAAUCUGCAUGGUGGGCGGAGCAGCGCAUGGACAAACUAGCGCCAUUUGCCAAAUGGACGAGUCGCCAUCGACAUCACAGAGUUACACACCGCAGCUAGAGGCAGGCGGUGGCGUCGUCGUCGGCGUAGGAAGCGAAGGUGGACCUAGUUCAGGUGCAGCCGUACUCUCAGUGUCCGUGCACUGCCCCUCCUGCAAGGACGAGUUCUGUGCGCUGUGCAAGAAGGCUUAUCAUCCGAACAUAAACUGCGAGGAAUUCGGUCGCCGCCUGAUUGCCGAUGGCCAGGACGAUAUUGGCAUACCGUUUGACAAUGAGCUCAUCAAGUGCUGCCCCAUGUGCGCAGUGCCCAUUGAGAAGGACGAGGGCUGUGCCCAGAUGAUGUGCAAGCGUUGCAAGCACGUCUUUUGCUGGUACUGCCUGGCUAGUCUAGACGACGACUUUCUGCUGCGCCACUACGAUAAGGGUCCGUGCAAGAACAAGCUGGGCCACUCGCGGGCCUCUGUUGUGUGGCAUCGCGCCCAGGUCAUUGGGAUCUUUGCUGGCUUUGGGAUUCUGUUGCUGGUGGCCUCGCCACUACUUCUGUUGGCCGCCCCCUGCAUCAUCUGCUGCAAGUGUCGCGGAUGCAGUGGUUCAAAAAUUGACGAGGUGGAUGCCGAGCUGGAGGAGGAGGUCACCGCCUUGCAGGGCUAGGCAGAGGAACUCCUAUAGGCUCGGCGUCGCAUCAUCAUGACGAAACGAACCGAGACGAGACGAGAAGAGAAGAGACGGAGUUAGGCUUCGACAGUUGCCACCUGUAAGGGUGGGUAGCUGGCUGUAAAUGCAGCAUCUGCCGGUAGCAUCUAUUGUUAAUGACGAGCAGCUUACGUACAUUUACACUUAUUUUAGUUAUUAUAAUUAUAAUUGUAUAUGUGUUAACUAAAUUGUGAUAUUUACAGUGAUUCGAUUUCUGAUUGAAUCGACAAAUUUGUUGAGAACCUAUACAAAGACAAGGCGCCUUCGAUUCUUUUUGGGUUCUUUCUUAAUAUAUUCUUUCCACCCACUACUACACGUAUAUACAUACAUACAUGUAUGUACAUGCAUAUAUUUGACUAAAUCAAUCUGUAUACAUCAUUAGGUCCUCUUUCUAGUGCGUAAGUUAGCCUAAAUCUAUUACGCAGGUGUAUGCCUCGUAGUUCAACCUGUGCUUUUAAUCAUGCCAACACCCGAGACACCCCCAAAACCCAAAACCUGUAAACCACGAUACCGGAACCACAUUCGCACCCCAAACCCACUCUCUCAAGUAUUACACAUGCAAAUAACGAAUCCGAGUAGCUAAUUUCGGGUACAUUUGUUCAACGGCUUGGCAAUGCUUUUAUCUACAUACAUACAUACACGCCCACACAUACAUAUAGAAAUACAAUAUACUUGCAUAUAUAAUGCAUAUAUAGGAGGUGUAUAUGUCACUACUACUGUUUAUUGAAUGUAUUUAAAUGUAAAUGUUAUAUGCAGCUAAAACAAAUGUACGACAGAUAUAUAACUGCGGACAGAGCACGCGACCGGGCCGUGUGCAGGCAGGGCUUGAUUAAUGUAAAUUAUUGAAUUAUUUAAUGCAUAUACACUCAAAUAUACAUACAUAUAUCAAAAUACGUUUAACAUAAUAUGCGUGUAUAUUUCAAGGAAACAUAUUUAAAAUCUACUCUUAAUGUGAACAACUACCGCGUAUGCUGUUUCAAAUAAAAAUGUUAAAAGAAAACGCGCGCUCUUUGAUCUUUUUGCUGUUAUUUGUUAUCGAUGGGCUAUUGCAGCCCUUUCCGUCAAGACAAUUGACAUA